AUGUCACGGGUGGCACCGCACUUCCUCUGUUUCCUGUGGUUGGUGGCCGUAUUUUGGCCAUGGACUACCCAGGGAGCAGCCCAGGACACCAAUCAUGCUCUGGUAACGCUCAUUGAGUCCCUCCAACUCCAGAUCACAGAAUUACAAAGAAAGGUUGACCAAGGGUUUUCUGGAUCUUGCAAAGCAAAGCCCAGAGACUGUGCUGAUGUAUUGGCAAGCGGGAAAAACGUGUCCAAGGUAUACAAGAUUUACCCUGGGGAAGGCCCUGUCACGGAAGUCUACUGCGACAUGGCCGACGACGGAGGUGGCUGGACGGUUAUCCAGCGGAGAUUCAAUGGUUCGGAAAACUUUUUCCGGAGUUUUGCCGACUACGCUGCAGGAUUUGGUAACAAGACUGGAGAGUAUUGGGAAGGAAAUGAGAACAUCCACGCCAUUACCUCUCAGUGCAAAUACGAGCUCAAGAUCAUUUUGACGGACUAUCAGCAACAUACUAAAGUGGCCAAGUAUUCUUCGUUUUCUGUUGGAGACAAGUCAACAAAGUAUGCUUUAACCAUAGCUGGUUAUUCCGGGGAUGCAGGUGACGGGUUGGUCUUUGAUCACAAUGGCCACGCCUUUUCUACAGCCGAUGCUGACUCGGAUGGUGCGCAGUCGCUCAACUGCGCACAGAAGCAUAAAGGUGGUUGGUGGUACUCAAACUGCUUCAAGUCCAAUUUAAACGGAGUAUGGGGAAAAGCAGACGAAACGGGAAUUGUGUGGGGACCAUUCAAAGAUUGGCGAAUGUAUGCCUUGAAAGAGACGACCAUGAUGGUUAGGCCUGUGGACUGUGAUUAAUAAUCCCAGAUAAAUCGGUUUUCCAAUCAUU